CGUAUUUAACGGUUGCGCCGGUUGACAGAAGGGAGAAGCGGUCCGUCCUGAGUGAGCUCUGCCCUCACUGUGGAAAAACUGUAGAUUAACCGGUUAUUUUUCUGGUCGUCAAAGCCACUUCACUUGCCCGAGGAGUACACAUUUACCAAGGGAAGAGUUUUAAGCUAUGGCUGCAACUGUCAGUCUGGAGUUGGAUCCUAUCUUCCUGAAGGGACUGAGUUAUCUGCACUCCAAGAGCAAAGACUCGGCUGAGAAACUCAAAGCUCUGCUCGAUGAGUCCCUAGCCAGAGGAAGUGAUUCAUCUUAUCGCUCGUCACAAAAAGAUAUUGAGGUGUCCAAGGGGUCUGUGUCAAAGCUGAGCCUAAGUAAGCAGGACUCCAAGUCCUCGUCAAGUUCCUCAUCAUCAAGCAGCAGCAGUGGCAGUAGUAAGUCCAGCAGCUCAGAGAAGAGCAAGAAAGAGGGAGAGAAGAGACCAUCCGAGAAGGUCAGGGUUGAUUUGGGUGAAGUAGACCCUCCAAAAAAGCCUCGGCUGGAGAAACAGGAGAAUCGUUCCUCUCCAAUUACCGUUCAGACCAGCAAAGACCUCAUCCUGCCCAACAUACAUGACUAUGACGAGACCAAUGCUGAUGACUUUGCCAUGGAAAUGGGCCUGGCUUGUGUGGUUUGCAGACAAAUGACAGUGACCAUGGGAAACCAGUUGGUGGAGUGUCAGGAGUGCCAUAACCUGUAUCACCAGGACUGUCACAAACCCCAGGUGACAGAUAAGGAAGUCAAUGACCCUCGGCUUGUGUGGUACUGUGCCCGCUGCACCAGGCAAAUGAAACGUAUGGCCCAGAAAGCCCAGAAACCUCCACAGAAGCCAGCCCCUGCAGCUAUAUCAGCAGCUCCUGUUGUAAAAGACACACUGGUGAAAAAGACAGAGCUUAAAGCCAAACCUGACACUGCCAGCACCUUCCAAGCCUUCAAAAGAACAGAAGUCAAGGCAUCCACAACAUCAGCCAAUCCCUGCAGCAGUAGCUCAUCAUCCUCGGGCAGCGGCCUCACUGGCUGGGCUGCAUUUGGGGCCAAGACAAGCCCUUCUGUUUCUUCAAGCUCAAAACUGGGUUCUUCAGGCCCUAGUGGGAGCAACAAGACCUCCACAGCUCCCUCUGGCCAGAAGCCUGUGGGGCUGUCUGGGCUGGCUGGGGCCAAAUCAGGACUUGGGGGCACCAAGAUACCCGGGGGUAGCAAUGGUAAUGGCUCUAGCCAGGCGCCCCUGAAACCCCCUCCUCCCCUGACACUGGGUAAACAGCCACUGAACCGCUCGUCUAGCGGGGACAGCCAAGGGAAAGUGUCUACGUCUGGUUCGUCAGGAGCCGGCUCUCCAAGCAGCUCCCAGCCGAGUGCAGGAGGCAACGGAGGGUCUGGCAGUAAUGGAGGAGGUAAUGGAAAUAAUGGCAAUGGGUCAAAGGCUACAGCAGGGGACAAAGCGCCCACAUCUCAAGAGUCCCAGCUCAACGCCAUGAAACGUUUGCAACUGGUGAAAAAGAAAGCGGCACAGAAGAAACUGAAGAAAUGAGUAGAGAUUAAAUGAAACCAAAAGUUUAACGAGGUGUAAGGGAGUAGAAGAGAAAGGCUAAUUAAAGCAAUGAGUAACUAGUGCCAGAGCAUCAUGUUUGUAUUAAGAGAGCAUCUGUACAUGGAAUAACACCAUCCAGUCAAAUACUUGAAUCUUACUUUGUUAAAAUGCUGCUGGACUCUGUGUGCCUCUGUCUGUCUUACAAUAAUCCAACCAUUUACUAGGUAACUGUCACUUUUUAUUGACAAACUUCAUUAAAUAUCAUCUUCUUAUAAAUUAGUAGUUACAACUGUUGUGACUUGGUGGCAAACUGUUGCUGUCCUUGUGAACAUGAAUCAGUACACAAGAUAAGUGGAAAAAGCAUCACAAUAGUAUCAUAAAUUUUUAUUCAUGCUAGAACUGACAAAAUAUACAUAAUGAAGGA